CCAGCAACCUGCUUUCCGAUUUUCACCUACCUAUCCUUCACGCCCAACGUCUGCGAAGGUACCUAUCUCCUUACCCAACCCCGGACAUAAAAAGCCAUUGCGCGCCUCUCUCAGCUGGCUUUUUCCUGGCUCUGCAACAAUUUUACGGCUGUGCGCCUGCUAAUCUCCUGACCAACCUCCAGACCUUGUUUACAUUUUUCGCACAACCUCCAGCAAUUCUGAGAUCAUGGCCGAGGCUGCACAGGUCCCGACCUUCAAGCUGGUCCUUGUUGGUGAUGGUGGUACGGGCAAGACCACAUUCGUCAAGCGCCACUUGACUGGUGAAUUCGAGAAGAAGUACAUGGCCACACUUGGUGUCGAAGUCCACCCCCUUGGUUUUACUACCAACUUCGGUCAGAUUCAGUUCGACGUCUGGGAUACUGCUGGCCAGGAGAAGUUUGGUGGUCUCCGUGAUGGCUACUACAUCAACGGCCAGUGCGGCAUCAUCAUGUUCGAUGUGACCUCCCGCAUCACCUACAAGAACGUCCCUAACUGGCACCGCGACCUCGUCCGUGUCUGCGAGAACAUUCCCAUCGUCCUCUGCGGUAACAAGGUCGAUGUGAAGGAGCGCAAAGUCAAGGCAAAGACCAUCACCUUCCACCGCAAGAAGAAUCUCCAGUACUAUGACAUCUCCGCCAAGUCGAACUACAACUUCGAGAAGCCUUUCCUCUGGUUGGCCCGCAAGCUUGUCGGAAACCCGACCCUGGAAUUCGUCGCUGCCCCCGCUCUUGCUCCCCCCGAGGCCCAGGUUGACGAGGCUCUCCUCGAGCAAUACCGGAAGGAGAUGAACGAGGCCGCUGCCAUGCCUCUCCCCGGUGAGGAUGACGAGGAGGACCUUUGAUUUGUUUAGACGGAAGUGGCAACAGCUCACGCAAUCGAGCAUGGGCUGGGAUCGGCAACGAGGGUCGCGUUCGUGGAGACUGCAUCUUCUCUACAAAGAGCGGCAUCUAGAAAUCAUCGAUGGACCCUAAAGAUCGAUUUUAAAAGUCGAAGGAUCGCGAAGAAGAGAAUCAUGACUUGAAUGGACUUCCAUCAAUUUCGGAACCCCUAGUCUUUUGGGCGUACUGCUGCGAGACCGCAGCUAUUAGGUAGACAGAUAGCACAAAAGAAAAGGACGCCUCGUUCCAGCACAUAUCUCCA